ACAGUAGGAGCAUUUUAGUUUCCAUAGAGCCUAUGGUAUACUACCACCCCCCUCAUUUUGGUUACCCUCUUCUUCAUUUUCUUCAACACACUCACUCAAUCUCACUCACCAUGAAUUCCAUACCCAACCUCCGUCACUCCAACCUCUCACUCAAUCACAACCGUCCAUCUUUUCCCUUAUCACCCUCCCUCUCCUUCCGUUCCCAUCCACCACCACAAUUCCUCCCUCCAUCCUCCUUUAAGCUUCCACCAAUCAAAUCCUCAUCUUCCCAAAACGACCCUGCCUUCCAAAAACCCCAAAAUAACCCUACUCCACCAAACCCUUUCCAAACCCUAACCUCUCUCUUCUCCCCCGUUGUUGAAACCACAUGCAUCGUUAUCGCCGCUACCGCUUUCUUCUUCAUGCGCUUCCAUCACACUCCCGUCAUCGCCGCAACUCUCUCCCCUCCGACCACUGUAACGGAAAAUGCUACGAUGGAGGAAGAUGCUGAAAAGGUAAUUCAAGAGAAAUUGACUGAAAAUCCAAAUGAUGCUGAAGCUCUACGUGCUCUAAUGGAGGUGAAAAUCAAAGCAAGGGAAAUUGAUGAAGCUAUUGGUGUUAUAGACCGUUUGAUUGAAAUUGAACCUGAAGAAAUGGAGUGGCGGUUGUUGAAGGCGAAUAUGUAUAUCUACAACGACGACCAUGAAUCUGCUAAGAAAUUGUUUGAAGAGAUUUUGAAGAAAGAUCCACUUCGAGUUGAAGCUUUUCAUGGACUUGUAAUGGCGAGUUCUGAAUCGAAUGAACAAUCGGAUGAACCUUUGAAAGGAUUGUUGAAGAGAGUUGAAAAAGCAAUGGAGUUGUGCAAGAAACAGAAGAAGGUUUCGGAUGUUAGGGAUUUUAGGUUAUUGGUUGCUCAGAUUAAGGUGAUGGAAGGGAAUUUUUCAGAGGCGCUUAAAGCUUAUCAGGAUUUGGUGAAAGAAGAACCUAGAGAUUUUAGGCCUUAUCUGUGUCAGGGUAUUAUAUAUACAUUGCUUAGAAAGAAAGAUGAAGCCGAGAAGCAAUUCGAUCAGUUCCGAAAGCUUGUCCCGAAGAAUCAUCCUUAUAAAGAGUAUUUUGAUGAUAACAUGAAUGGUACAAAUUUUUUCCCGCAGAAAUUCGAGAGGGAAGAAGCUGGUGCUAGGAGUUGAGAUUGAGCAGAAGAUUCUACUGAGAGGUCCUUAUAUGAGUUUUUGUCGAUUUACUUUUGGUGCUCUAUGGUUUUAGUUGAAUGCUUUUUUGGAUAGUAAUCAAUGUGUUGUUGUAGGUGAUUAGUUUAGUUGUUUAUUUUAGCAAUGGUUGUUUAAAAUUAUUGCUGGAUGGUUUUAUUGUGGAUAUAUAUAGAACUAGCUUUGAUGAACUUCUAUAAUAACAACCGUGGAUAAAGAAAUAUUGAAAGAA